AACGUCGAUAAAUGGGGACGAUCUGCUCCGAACGCUAAUGGCCAUUCGCUUUUCAGCCAUAUUUACGACUCGAGAACCGAAGAGAAUGCCACAGAAUGCUGGAAGAGUUUGUUUGGCACUUUUUACAACAUUGAGCCAGACCUCGCGGGUCCUAACCUCAAGGCUGUGCUAGAAAAAUGCUUCCGUCUCAUGGAUACCGCUGAAAGUAUGGACGCCGCUGUCUCCGUACGUCCGUAUAUCGACAAUGCCCUGAUGCGCCAUGGCCAAGUACUCUAUCGGUCCAUCCUAUCAAACCCCCUUCAAUGGGGCGACUUUGCGACUCGACUCCAUUCUCCAACAGUCCUCAACGACGCGGUGAUUCAUUUGGUAGGCAAAUGGAACUCGCUGACGAAACAAGAGAAGCGGGGCAUGGACAAUCGCCUGCGGGCCAUCUGCGAACGCAAAGCAGAGCAGCUGUACAAGAUCAAGGGCGCUUCUGAGAUUCGCAUUGCUGGGCAUAUCCCCAAAGCCUGCUGGCGGGAUGCUAGCCGGGACACGAUAUCACGUGUCAGCUAUUCGAACGAUGUGUAUAUGUGGAUGGCUAUCGCAAUUCACCACCAGUGGUUCCAUCAAGUAGUUGGCAUUGAGCGUCGUGGUCGCGACAGCCCAGAUGGAGGUGCUAUGCUUUACAAAGCUAUUUGGGAGGGUAAUACUUCAUAUUUGAAUGCCCAGGACUACGCCAAUUUCCACAAUCUCUGUCCCAUGUCUAACAAGGCUCGCACCAUCCUGUAUGACAAGAUACGACAAAUGAAGAGUGAGGUUCGGAAGUACGUAAAGAAUCUGGUGAGCAAUAAGACCCAACUUGACCUCGAUGCUCUCGAUGCUGGAGAGCCUAUUGAUCAUCUUCUCUGCACGGAAAUGACGCUUGAAGAUCAUCCUUGGAAUGAUUCUGAUAGCGAGGCCUUUGUGCCACCUGCAUUUUCCGAUGAUGAAGAUGAUGACGAGGUUGAAAUGGAAGGAGGGAUUCCGCCUGGCGUUGCAGCUCAUACGUUCCAAACUGCUUUUCAUCCGCCAAGCAGCGAACAGACUGUUGAGCACUCUUGAUGCAGAUCUUUCAAUGAUUGGUGAUAUUAUGUUCAUAAUGGUCUAGUACAUUAACCGAGAGAAUGAUUGACACGACGGUAUGCCUUU